ACACUAGUACAGACAGAUAGAGUCCAAAGGACCAAAACAACAAACCAUAACCCCGGAAUCAAGUGCCAAAAUUAAAUUCCAUUUAACUGAACAUUUCAAAUCCGAAGCUAAAAUCUCGCAACAGCGUGUUCAAAAAGCGAACCUAAAAACCACUGUCACACCUACACACACCAGAUAAAAAAAAAAAAAAAUCUAAUUUUUCAUUUUCAGUAAUUUUUUUUUUCUAAAUUCGCUCAAUUAAUUUUUCUUUUACGUAUGUGAGAAGUUUUAAUUCUUUCUUAAUCUCUUCAACUCGGUUUGAAUCGGUUACUUUCAUUUCUAUUUUGUCGCUUCAGCUACUGAGUCAACUCGCUCUCUUCUCUAUGAUUGUGUAUUUGAGGUGCAUGUGGUUGAUAUUCAAUGGAAACAGUGAUUGGAAUUGAGGAUAAUGAUGAUGGGAAGCUCGAAGAGAGUGGAGUUGAUAGAAGCAAUUCUGCUUUGUUCUCACCUAAGCAGAUUUCCAACCCAGUUGUAUACAAACUUGUUCGGGUUGAAGGUGAUGGGAGGUUAGUGCCUGCAACAGAUGAUGAAGUAAUGGAGGUGGAGGAUUUUCUUGAAUAUGAAAACAGUGAUAUGCGUGUUGUUGCAGACACUGGACAAAGUUUGGAAUGCAUAUCAAUUGAAAGAUCAUCUUCUGGAAAGCUUCGAUUGGAGUGCUCAGAAGGUACUUCAGAGGCAGAUUUGGGGAAGCUAAAUGCCAAGUUUCAGUAUAUUGAACAGAUACUGCAAAAGGUUAAACAGGAAGAGAAACUUCGUUUGUCGUCCCGAUCACCUGUUCAUUCCCAUGUACAAAUAGAUAGCCAGUGUUCUGCUGAUAAUCCUGUCAUAAUCGAGAAGGUUCAGUCCAAAACUCCUUACCAGGAAGCACCUUCUAUAGCAUCGAGUUUAAAUUACAGUCAUAGCAAUCAAUCUGGUAGUAUUGAUCAGUGUUCCCGACCUUCUGAAGGAGUGAUAGAAAGUGGAUCAUCUGCUUCUGCUGUCAAUUCCGCUUUGACGCAUGAUUUUUCCAUGACAGAUGGAGAAAUAUGUUUGGACAAGUUGUCGGUCAAAGAACUUCAUGAACUGUUUAAGGUCACUUUUGGUCGGGAAACUACUGUGAAAGACAAACAGUGGUUGAGGAGGAGGAUUGCUAUGAGUUUAACCAACUCAUGCGAUGUUUCAGCAACAACAUUCACUGUUAAAGAUAAGAAAAUGACUAGAAAAUGUGAAGCAGAAUCUUCUGGAAAUGUGAGUGCUGCACCUGUAAUCUCUGUGGAAAAUAUGGCUGGAGAAGGGGAUGUCAAGUAUAAAGAUUCAUGUGUAGUGGAGGAUUGCAGAGUUGAUGAUAACCAAGUCGCUUCUGAAACAAGACUGGAAACUCUUAAUACUGAACAUGAAUUAGGGGAUGAGGAUCAGCAGAGUGAAGAGAGAGCUGCGAAAAGAAUGCGUAAGCCUACUAAGCGAUAUAUUGAAGAGCUCUCUGAAAAUGAAUCUAGAGAGUACAAUCCUAGGUCAUCAAGUUCUAAUAAAAAUACGGGACACAUACAUGUUUCUCCAACUUCUAAUAAAAAUACGGGACACAGACAUGUUUCUCCAACUUCUCAGGUCAGGCCUGCUACGAAUGCUUUACCAGAGGCAAGAACAUUUGUCACCAGGUUAGACUCUCUUGGAGGUUAUGGUGUUCAAAUUCCUUGUGUUUCUCGGGUUCGUAGAAGUCGUCCAAGGAAAACUAUCACGUCUCUUAUGAAAUUUCAUCCAACUGGCAUGGUUGAGGCUGCAAAAUUAGGCAAUAAAGUUGUUAGAGAUCAUGGUUCUGAAGCUGAUAGUGUGAUUCAGGACAAAAUCUCAAAGCCAAGUUCCAUGCCUGUGAAGAUUCAUCAGCCAGUGAGACCAACUGAGUCUGCUAGUGAUAGAAUGUCUAAGUCUACUUCUGAAUCUGGAAAAGAGAAGCAGUGUCCAGUAACUGUCACAACUGAACCAAGGCAGGAAUCAAAGCCAAAAAAGACAGAUACAUCUAGCUGCACUGAAGAGCGCAAUAUAGUUACUGUUCCCACUGCUAAAGGUGGAAUGAGGAGGAAACAUCAUCGAGCAUGGACCCUUGUUGAAGUAAUGAAAUUGAUCGAAGGUGUGUCACGGUGUGGACCAGGGAGAUGGUCUGAGAUCAAACGGCUCUCCUUUUCUUCGUACUCGCAUCGUACCUCUGUUGAUCUCAAGGACAAAUGGAGGAAUUUGCUCAAAGCUAGCUUUGCACCGACACCUGCAGAUGAGGGGAUGAAUUCGCGGAAGCAUGGUACAGCUCCGAUUCCUGAGCCAAUUUUAGUACGCGUAAGAGAGCUUGCAGAGAUAAAUUCUCAAGUACCUCCAAAUUUCAGCUCAAGCAAGUUAACAACAACUGGUGGUACAGUGAGUGGAGACAGAUUGGGGUACUUGUAGUAGUGAUAUGUACAUAUUACCAAAUUGCUUAAUGCUGCAAAAAUUCAAAAAAAGGAAAAGAAAAGAAGUAUUAACUUGUGCUCUUCUUUAGACCUAUCCUUAUUUAGAUGCAUAGAGUUGUUUAGCAAUCUUAUAGGCAGUUGAGAGACUGGUCAUCAGAUUAUUAGAGUACUGAGGAAGCAUAUAAUACAAUAAUGUCUAAGUUCUUCAUUUUGUGUGUUUUGAGUAACACGGGCGAGAAGAACAAUCAUCAUAUGUUUGUUGGGGUGUUUAUCUCCUUAAUCUAUCUAUCUAAAUUAAAAUUGCAAAUCGAUAAAAAAAAACAAAAAA